AUGCCGGACCAUUUGGGAGACGAUAUGCGCAAGGUGAAAGGCGACAACAAAGAGGUAGAGCCGGAGAUAGAAGCCCUUGAUGAAGUCGAUAUUGAGCUACUGAAGACCUAUGGCCAAGGGCAGUACCAUAAGUCGAUUAAGCAGAUCGACGAAGACAUCCAAAAGGCGAUGAAGCAGGUGAACGAACUGACGGGCAUUAAGGAAAGCGAUACCGGGCUUGCACCGCCGGCACUGUGGGAUUUAGCUUCCGAUAAGCAAAUUUUACAGAACGAACAACCGCUUCAGGUGGCUCGCUGCACCAAGAUUAUCAAUGCCGAUUCUGACGAUCCGAAGUACAUCAUCAAUGUGAAGCAGUUUGCUAAGUUUGUUGUCGAUUUGGCCGAUUCUGUAGCGCCUACCGAUAUUGAAGAAGGAAUGCGUGUUGGUGUCGAUCGUAACAAGUAUCAAAUUCACAUCCCACUGCCACCGAAGAUCGAUCCCACCGUGACGAUGAUGCAGGUCGAGGAAAAGCCGGAUGUUACGUACAGCGAUGUCGGUGGCUGUAAAGAGCAGAUCGAGAAGUUGCGCGAGGUAGUCGAAACGCCCCUGUUGCAUCCGGAAAAGUUCGUAAAUCUUGGCAUCGAACCACCGAAGGGUGUGCUCCUGUUCGGUCCACCCGGAACGGGUAAAACCCUGUGCGCUCGUGCCGUCGCUAACCGUACCGAUGCGUGCUUUAUCCGUGUGAUCGGUUCCGAGCUGGUGCAGAAGUACGUCGGCGAAGGUGCCCGUAUGGUGCGUGAACUAUUCGAGAUGGCCCGGUCGAAAAAGGCUUGUCUGAUAUUCUUCGACGAAAUCGAUGCGAUCGGUGGCGCUCGGUUCGAUGAUGGGGCGGGCGGUGAUAAUGAGGUACAGCGUACGAUGCUGGAACUGAUCAAUCAGCUCGAUGGCUUUGACCCGCGCGGUAACAUUAAGGUACUGAUGGCAACUAACCGGCCCGAUACGCUCGAUCCGGCUCUGAUGCGUCCAGGACGUUUGGAUCGUAAGGUAGAGUUCGGUCUGCCGGAUCUGGAAGGGCGAACGCAUAUAUUCAAAAUUCACGCUCGUUCGAUGUCGGUCGAGCGAGAUAUUCGGUUCGAGCUGUUGGCCCGCCUGUGUCCCAAUUCGACGGGUGCCGAGAUUCGGUCGGUGUGUACGGAGGCGGGCAUGUUCGCAAUUCGGGCGCGGCGCAAGGUGGCGACGGAGAAGGACUUCCUCGAGGCAGUAAACAAAGUGAUCAAGAGUUACGCCAAGUUUAGCGCCACGCCUAGAUAUAUGACUUACAAUUAGGUGUAGAAGCGAAUGAAGGCGCCCAAAAAAUAAUGCCGAUUGGAAGUAUCCAACAGUUUUUUUGUGUAAUUUCGUAUCGUUUGAAAAUAAAAACAAUCAAUCCUCUUGGAACAA